GGCAUAACCUCAAAUGGCGCCUUAUUCCGAGCCGUUUCAUUUCCGGCUCAAAGGCUAGAGCUUGCUUUUCUCUUGCCUUGUCGGAACGUGGGUUUUAACUCGAGAGGAAAGAUCGCGUUUAAAGACCCAGCCGUGAUGUCUUCGUACACUUGUAUCAGCUGCCGCGUGCAGUUCUCCGACGCCGACGUGCAGCGUGCGCACUACAAGACCGACUGGCACCGCUACAACCUGAAGCGCAAGGUCGCCAACAUGCCCCCGGUCACCGCCGAGAACUUCCAGGAGCGCGUCCUGGCCCAGCGAGCGGCCGCCGAACAGCAGCUGGCGGAUGCUCACAGCCUCACCACCUGCAGCAGCUGCAACAAGAAGUUCUCCAGCGACAACGCCUACAACAACCACCUGCAGUCGCACAAGCACCAGCAAGCCGAGAGGAAAGCCGCCGCCGUGGCGCAGGAAGCGGUGCAGCGCAUGAACGAGAAGAACCUGGAGAAAGGAACCGAGCUGGACAAGGAUGCUCAGAAUGAGGCGAUUCAGAAAGCCGUGAGGGAGGGGCUGAGGCAUAAACAGAGGCACACCCACUCAGAAGUCACGCCCACAGACAGGCAGAGUCGGAAGAGACCGGAUAAAGCGCCGAGGCUGGAGUGGUUCGAGCGGCAAGCCAAGAAGAUCGCGACUCCGGAAAGAGACGUCGACGACGACGAUGAUGAUGAAGUAGAGGACGAUGCAGUGGAUGAGGAAGAAUGGGAAGACGUUGAUGAUGAGGAUGAUGAUGAUGAUGAGAUGGAAGCUGACGAAGAGGAGCAGAUGGAGGAGGACAGCGCAGCCACGCCUGCUCCGGCUCCAGGCUCCAUCCCUGUAACUGACUGUCUGUUCUGUUCGCACCAUUCACACUCUCUGAGCAAAAAUGUGGCCCACAUGACCAAAGAGCACAGCUUCUUCAUCCCCGACAUCGAGUACCUGGUCGAUCUGAGAGGACUGCUCGCGUACCUGGGUGAGAAGGUGGGGUUCGGGAAAGUGUGUUUAUGGUGUAACGAGAAAGGCAAGUCGUUUUACUCGACCGAAGCGGUGCAGGCGCACAUGACCGACAAGAGCCACUGCAAACUCUACACCGACGGAGACGUGGCACUCGAGUUCGCCGAUUUCUACGACUUCAGGAGUAGCUACCCAGACGCUCGGGAUGGCUUUGAUGCAGAGAUGAAGGACGGCGAGCUUCCCGAUGAGAAGACGGUGGAGUUUGACGACGAUACUCUUGAGCUCACGCUGCCGUCCGGGGCGAAGAUUGGUCACCGCUCGCUGAUGCGUUACUACAAGCAGCGUUUUGGGACUCAGAGGGACCUGGUACCUGUAAAUAACCAGCGUGCUGUGGGACGAGUGCUGAGGCAGUACCGUGCUCUGGGCUGGGCUGGAGAUUCUGGUAAAGGCUCAUUGGUCCAUCAGCAGAAGGACAUGCAGUACGUCCAGAGGAUGAAAUCGAAGUGGAUGUUGAGGACGGGAAUGAGCAACAACGUCACCAAGCAGGCUCACUUCAGGGCCCAGGUCAUGUUCUAAACCUGGCUGAAAUGAUUCUGUUAUGAAUUUCAGGACCCUAAGAGGAGACACCAUGCUCUCGCUGACCCGGAGUGUGGUUCUGUUUAAGGACCUUUCUUAAUAAAUGAUUACCAUUGGAGGUCAUUGAUGAUGUGGAUACACCCUGAUGGACAGGAUGCCCUUAAGUGCUAAAAAAAAAAAAAAAAAAAAUUAUUAUUUUUGUUUAACUCACCAUUUAGGGCUAGCUGAAUCCUAGAACAUGUGAGAAUCUGAUCAUUUAUCAGCUAGCUCAUUAUUGUACUAUACAACUCAUUAAUAUUACCGACCGUGGAGAGAAUUGUAAAUCAUCUCAGUACAACCAGGUUAUAAAAAAAAUAAACUAUUUUUUUCCCUGUCCAUGAGCUUCAAAAACAUUUGUGAGAAUAUUAUACAAGCAACUCUCAAAAGUAUUGGCACCCCGAGUAUAUAUAUCUGGAUUAUCUGUACCGUGGCUGAAUGUUUCAAAUUCAAAUUUUAUUCGUAACUAGUGGAAUUUAUUUUUAUUUAUUUAUUUAUUUUUAAAUUAUUGGCACUUAGAAAGGACAUUAAAACGAAGAGCAUUAAAAAAAAUGGCCUUGAUAUAAAGAAAAUUAGUUCGUGGCGUCAACAAUUUGCGCAAUACAAAAAACUCAAUAGUUAAUAAUAAUGAUUAUUGAAUACACAGUAAGUUUUAAAUAUUCAGUGAUAGAAUUUAAAUUGUUUAAAGAGCAAAUUUCAAUCAACAUUUACUGGUUUAUUUUAUGUUUUUUGUUAUUUCUGCUUAUAAUAAAGAACUUUUUUUAAUUGA